AUGACACCUCGUCGCUCCUCGCGGGCGCGCACCACGCAGCCCUCCCCAGCCCUCCUCCAACACACCAACUCCUCCGGCUCCUCUGUCUCCCUCACUCGUGAGAGGAGCACCCGUUCAAAUCAUAAAAACCCUUCUCCUCAGGGCUCAUCCACCCAUCGAUCUCAAUCCAUCGAUGAUGGCGAAAACGGCUCGAGGACAGACCUCCCACAAACGCGCCAGCGCCAGCGCGCUCGCGAUGAUGAAGAAGAGCCUCUUCGUGAGGAGGAUGAAGAUGACCUUGAAGAGGAGGAAGAGGAAGAAGUCACUCGCUGUCUCUGUGGACAGCAGGACUAUCCUGGCCUACCCCCCUCUCGCCGUGAAGCCCUCGGUCGGAGCAUCGUGAAGCCAGAGCCUCCCAAUCCUCCUACUGAUUCAUCUGAUUUACUAUCAGACGAUAUCGGUAGCAUGUUCAUCCAAUGCGAUCUUUGCAAAGUAUGGCAACAUGGUGGCUGUGUUGGAAUCAUGGACGAGGACAUGAGCCCCGACGAAUAUUUCUGUGAGGAAUGUCGGAAGGACUUGCACAGAAUACGGGGCGAACCCAAUGGCCAGCGCUCUUCCACCUACCUACCCGUCGUACCAGCGUCAUCGCCGGCCCCCUCCUCUCGAGCUUCUUCACAAGACACAUCUCGACGGUCCAAGGAUCCUAAAUCUCGCAACAGCGAGGGUGCGUCGAAUCCCAAGCGGCGCUCCACCAUGAACAGUCGUGAUGCGGCUUAUGACGAAGAGGAACUGAUUCGACGAGCCAUUGAAGAAAGCAAGGAAGAUACCAAGAGUCUUCCUGACGACACUUCCACUCGACGUACCAAACGAAGCCGAAGUGAAAGCGAAGUCAACAGACAGGGUGCCAAACGCCAACGAACCGCCUCUCCCCCCCCCGCCGCUGCCUCAAGACAUAGCAACCCACCUUCUCAACCUCCGUCGGAUGACGAGUCGAAACCCAAAGCCACGAAUGGCACGCGAAGACAAAGAGCUGCAUCUCGAGGCCAGCGUGACAAGGAACCUACUAAGGAAGCCGAGGAGCCUGAGACAGCACCCCCCGAGAUUGCUCCUCGUCGAAAGGAGAGAAACAAUCGUCGGAAGGGAGAAGAGUCCGAACAUGAGCCUCCAUCGCCAAUCAAGCCUGCCCCGCCAACCGAACCUGAGCCGGCCCAAGCAAGCCCUAAUACUCCCACUCAGCAAGAGCCGCCGCCUACUAGGCCGUCUACCCGGAAGUCAGGGCGCCCACCAGCACGUCGUGGUCGUGUUGGACGCAACCAAUACACCAAAGACCGAGAUGUGAACGGUACCGGCACCGAAUCUCCCCGCCGUGGGUAUUCCCAUGACAUCGGCGGAGAGUCACCCCGAAUAGGGUAUGGCGCGAAUGGCACCUUUACAAACGGUGGUGAUGGUGUUAGGCCGAGUAAGCCUCGAUACAUGCACCCCCAACGCACUACCAUGAACGAAAUGAAAAGAAGGGUGGCAGCUAUCCUUGAGUUCAUAUCCCGAAUGCAGGUGGAGAUGGCUGUUGCUAGCGAGCAAUCCAGCACUCCACCUGAGAACGGUGACCGAGCUCAAGGUUUACUCUUGAGGAGUAUGGUUGAACAGAUCGACAACGCCAUGCUCUCAACGAAUAGCGAAACCGGUGAAUCCGCUCCCACUGAUGGCGGUGAGAUCGCCGAAAAGGAUUUCAAAGACCUCAGCAGUGUGGAGAUGAUGGAUGUUCUCACCCGUCACCUGCUGAAAUGGCAGCAGGAGUAUGGCAAGUUUGGGGAACGGUAG